AUGUUGGUUAUCCCUGAUGUUAGUAAACCCUUUGAGGUUUACUAUGAUGCCUCUCAUCAGGGUCUCAGCUAUGUGUUGAUGCAAGAGAAGAAGGCGGUGGCGUAUGCUUCGAGUUAUCACAAGAGCCUCAAUUAUCUGUUUGAUCAGAAGGAGCUAAACAUGAGGCCGAGAAGGUGGAUAAAGUUCUUGAAGGAUUAUGCUUUCAAACUUCUAUACCAUCCGGGAAAGACAAAUGUGGUGGCAGAUGCCUUGAGUAGGAAGACGGUGCAUGCGGCACACCUUAUGAUCAAGGAGUUGGAGUUGCUAGAGAGGUGUAGUACCCUGACUAUAUCUAGUGACUUUUUGAGCUUAGUUAAGGAAAAGAAAUUGAUGGAUGUUAGUUUGAAAGGAGUAAGAGAGUUGCUUGGAUCAGAUGAAGCAAAAGAGUUAGCCUUGGGUAGUGAUGGUGUAUUGAGAUUUAGAGGCAAGGUGUGUGUACCUAAAGAUGUUGAGGGCAUGAAGAAGGAUGUGGCACAAUUUGUAUCUGUAUGUUUGACAUGUCAGAAGGCGAAGGUUGUGGUAGACCGAUUGACCAAGAGUGCUCAUUUCUUGGCAAUGAACCGGAGAAUGUUUAUGGCCAAGUUGGCUCAAUUGUACAUCAAGGAAAUUGUGAGAUUGCAUGGGGUACCGUCAAGCAUAGUUUCAAAUAGAGACUCGUGGUUCACUUCCAAUUUCUGGCAGAAGUUACAAAGUGCCUUGGGUAGCAAGUUAACCAUGAGCUCGACCUAUCACCCCCAGACUGAUGGUCAGUCCAAGAGAACGAUCCAGUCGCUUGAGGAUCUCUUGAGGACAUGCAUAUUGGAUCAUUUUAGUGCUUGGGAUUAA